CCGUGCGUGACGGGCGGGCCGUGGAACUGCAGCCAGAGGAGACCCGCCCUAAUUUCUUAAAUACCCACCACCAUCACCGGUUUGGGACACGAGAAGAGUCCGGGAAUGUGCAGAUGAGAAACUCUAUUUCAACAUAGCCUGUAACCUCUUCCAGUGUUCCUGUAGUUUUGACCAUGAAGCUGGCCCGGCGGCUGCUGCUGGCGCACUGCGCCGUCCAGGCCGCCUCGGUGCUGGCGGGGCUGCUGCUGGUGGUGCCCAUGGCGCUCAGCGGCUCCGCCUUCAAGGGCCGCUGCGCGCUCUUCACCGCCGGGUACUGGCGCACCGAGCCCCGGGCAGAGGCAGAGCUGAGCCGCCUGGUGGUGCAGCAGUGGGGCCCGCCGGCCGCCUGCCAGCUCACCACGUUCGUGGGCAUCUUCACGGUGCUGUACGGGGCCGCGCAGGGCUGGAGGAGCCUGUUCUACCUGCACGGACGACAUGACGACACCCUGUUUUCGUCCUUCCUCACGGCCCUCCUGAGCUUGUGUGUGCUCUUCCUGUCUGGAGGGGCCAGUGUCAUCUUGUCUCUGGGAUUCAGCUCCUGGUGUGACACAGUUACCGAUGCCAACAAGCGGCCAUACAGCUGUGCAGAGUCUCAGUCUGUCCCACUUUACCUGGAUGUGGACACUUCCUCUUUCUACACAGAGCUCAGUCUGGCGCAGGCGUCUCUGUGGUGCGUGACGGUUCUGUGGCUGGCCCAGUCCAUCCUGGCCUUCCUGCGUCUCUACCACUCUCACAGCCAGAACAUCAGCGGGCCCUGGCUCCACCGAGAUAAGGAGUUUCUGCUGGGACACAGUCCAUGUGACAGUGGCUCGCCCUCCCCUCCUCACCCUCCAGCAACACCCACCAUCAUACUCUGACACCAUGAGGUAGCUACUCCAGUCCUCUCACCUAAUCCCACCACACAGAGUUGACCCACACUUUGUUCUCUACGACCUCUGAUUAUGUUUAUUUACAGUUUUUGUAUAUUUCAUCUUAAUAUCCUCCUCAAAUGUCUAUUAUUUGUCAGGAUACAUUAAAUAAUGGCCUAUCAGUAUUCAUUUAAAUUCAUUCGAUUAUUGAACUAGCUGUGAUUCUCAGUCCUCUGCAUGAUGCAAAUACGUGUUUUAAUCAGAUUUUUUUUUUUUUUGGAAGGAAGACUGAGAAUCACACACUGAAAUAGUAGAUAAAGCAAAACUUCACUGACAAAAGUGUAUGUAAAAGAAAGUUUAUUUGUCUCUUGAUGAUGUUUGGAUCAGAGAUACAAAAAAUGGUGUACUGUACACUGACAAUAUAAUUUACCCAUGGGCAAACUUUGAUGUUAAUGUUGAGAAUCACUGUUGAUACCUUGUUUGAGGCUCAGUGACAUCAUUAUUAAAUUAAAUUUGGCUCAGUUGCUUGAAAUAGAAACUGAUAUGCAGAACAUCAAAAACCUGAGUGUUUGAAGAUGUUCAAGGUGUCUACAAUAAAACUUGAUGACUCAUUUCUAAAUUUCUUAAUUUAAGAGGAAUUUGAGUCAUCUGUGUCUCAGGCAUAAAGGGAUGUAAAAGAAUACAUCAGAAUCAUGCUAAAGGAAAUCUGAAACAGAUGUGUUUGAUAAAAUAACUAGUGUUAUUCAGCCUCAGAGGUUAUUUGUUUUUGCCUUGUCACCAUGACAGUGCGAAUUCAUGCUUUCGUUUUUAUUCAUAUCACUGGCAAUGCUGCAAGCAGCCAGAUAGUUUAUUUGAUAGCGGUGUGCUGUGAAAAUAUUGAAUGUGCAUGGUUGUUUACAUUUCUCCUGAAAUCCAAAGUUUUACACAGUUGUGUCCUCAUCAUUGAGAAAAAAAUAAUUUGUGUUCUACUUGUAAUAUUGAGAAAGGCACUGAAAAGAUUUUAAUGUGAAGCAUAUGGUGGGAGUCUGACUGAGCCACCGUGUUUGUGAGACAGGCUCACUGUGUGAGCGUAAUCUGUAAAAAAACAAAAAACCAAACACCAUCAAUCUUCUCUGCUCUUGUGAUGAUUUCCCUUAUGAUGCUGUCUGUGCGGAUGCAGUUGCUCUGAGGGUGUAAUUGACGCAGGUCCUCUUAAACAAUACAUGUGGAGUUUAACAAGAAGGUAAACUUCAGUAAUAUGUGACAGUUUUCAUAGAUUUCUGUCAAGCUCAACCAUUAAAGAGGAAGUAAGUUUUUAACUUUGCUGAGGGUUUUUAUUUUUUAAACCAAUGAUUCAAGGUCAUAACUAAAACUUUUUCCUGUAGUCAUCGACCAGAGCAGCUGUAAUGACUCAUGGACAGCGGAGAUGGAAAUUUGAAGUGAAACGAGAACAGAUGGUGCUGUCACAUGAAACUUAUUGUAAUAUAUGAGAUGCGUUUGUAUUUUUGCUGACUGGUUCUGCUUUUUACCUCUCUUACCUGUGUUUAUUCAUGUUGAUGUUUUUGCAUUUGUUUUGUUUUCAAAUAAAGCUCCUCCCUUAAUGAA